CCCACCAAAGCAAGGGCAUGAAAGUUGAGAGAGAGGCCACGCGGAAGGCCGCGUGGAUUGAAGACUCGACACAAACAACUGCAAGGGUUUAAGAACUAAUAGAAGAAAUCGGCGAGGACAUGCCGAAGAACAUCCUGAGGGAAUCCUCGCGAUACUACAGAUCGAGUGAUAUAUAGAUAGAUAUUCACUACAAUUUCGACCUGGCGAUGGUUUCCUUAUCGACCUGGUUGCGGUACUUAGGCCACAAGGUCGUGUACUCCGCCUCCAUCAGCUGGAAGGGUUUUGUCGCAAAUGCACUGUAAAAUCGAGCUCAAGCGUGCGUUGCCAUUGGUUAAUUUUUCGAAUUGGUUGGGUUCUGAUUUAUGGCUCUUGUUUCUUACCGCGUCGAUAGCUAUAAACGAGGACAAAUUACUGACAGAGAAGUGCGUGAUGCAUUGUGGAAAAAUUUUUUUCAAGGAAAGUUGACAUACUUGCACUGGAACAAAGGAGCUGAGAUGGCCCCGACCAUUGGAGUGCAGGGCGGAACACUUCUUGUCCGGAAAAUACCAGCUGCAGAUCCAACACAUGUUUUCAUUGGAGAUGUUGUGGUGUUGAAGGACCCAGAAAAAUCUGAUAAUUAUCUAGUCCGAAGAUUGGCUGCUAUUGAAGGGUAUGAAAUGGUUUCUACCGAUGAAAAAGAUGAGCCGUUUGUUCUUGAAAAGAAUGAGUGCUGGGUUUUGUCUGACAAUGAAAAUUUGAAGCCCAAGCAGGAAGCCGUUGACAGCCGAACAUUUGGUCCCGUGCUGAUGACAGACAUAGUUGGUAGAGUCAUAUAUUGCCUGAGAACGGCUGUGGAUCACGGUCCUGUUCAGAACAGUCACUUCAGCAUGCGAAAGGAUUCGCCUGUUUUGGAAAUCGAAUUGGAUGUCGACGAGAUGGCAAGAAGUCACAAAGCUUAGACGAAUCAGCCCGUUUUCUUUUCUGUCAAGAGCAUGAACGACAAGAAGAAAUAAGAGUUUGGAUUCCAACGAGAUGGCCCUGCCUUGUUCCCCCCUGUUUCUUGAUCAAUUUGUUGCCCUUUUAUGACCCCUGACUGACGGCAACCUUGUACUAAAAUUCAGGCUGAAAUGAUUUAAUCGCCUUCAAAACUUAGUUCUGGAUAGCCUGAACAGCCCCAAAUGCCUUCCAUAUUUUGUUAGUUUGAGCUUUGAUUUGGUUUUAGUAACCAUUGAUACUGUUUGAAAGUU